CUCAUGAUAUAAACAUGAGGACUCUCUCCUUUAUUCUUCUACUCAGUUUAUCCCUUUACAAAGUCGAUGCACUGAGAUGCUACUCAUGCAGUUCAGUCACCUCCAACGCUGACUGUAAUCAGAACAUAAAACAAUGCCUGGAGCCUCUUGACACCUGCAUGACAACAGAGGAUAUUGCUGGUGAUAAGAAAAUCAUGGUGAAACAGUGUGCCAGUUUUGCCACCUGUCAGGGAGCGGAGGAUGGUGCUGGUUUGGAUCCCUUCGGAGACGGCAACGUGGUGACCUGCUGCAGUACUGAUCUGUGUAACAAUGUCGCUGUGGCUACUGCCAAACCCAGCAGUGGGGCUACUACCAUUCACAUCCACACAGCUCUCCUGCUUCUGCCAAUAGGUGUCCUCUCUCUCCUCAGCAAAUAUUACAGAUAGACCUAAAUUAUAAGUAUGGUCACUUGUCAGUAGGCUAUUAAUAAGACUUAUGUAAUAGCUGAUUAGUUUGAGAAGUACUGCUGAGAUGCUCCCUUUAAGGUAUUCAUUCCUGUAAACGAGACCUUAUGUCUGCUGUUGGUGUUAAAUGGGAACAUGUGUUGAUGACGUGUCGAGAAGUUUAAAAUAUGAAUGUAAAUCUAUUUAACUAUUGGAAAAAUGAAAAAUUCUGCUAAACAUCAUUUAGGAAAAUAAAUGACACGCAAACACCA